AUGAAACAAUCUUUAGCAUCGUUUCCCAAGACCGAGAAGAGAAUAAAACUAGUACCACCCGAUGGAGGGUGGGGAUGGGUCGUGUUAUUCGGUACAGGGUUAACGAACAUUUUCAAUCAAUCUAUGUUGUCCCUAUUCAGUUUGUUAUAUGGGGACGCAUUAGAGGCUAUGGGACACAGGACGGCCGGAGCGGCCAUCGUCAUGAACACCAUGCUCUGUGUGACCAACUGCGGGGGGCCCUUCGCAGGGGCCCUAGUUAAGAAGACGUCGCCUCGAUUCGUUUGCGUCACUGGAUCCUUUAUUUGUACGAUGGGAAUAUUUUUAAGUGGAUUUUCAACGAAUAUUAUCCACUUGGUCAUAACGUAUGGAAUAUUUUUGGGUCUAGGAUUAGGAUUUAUCCAGAACGCAUCGUUUGUUGCGAUAAAUAGUUACUUCAAAGAAAAGAAAAGUAUCGCCGUGGGCAUCGCCAUGACGGGAACCGGCAUCGGACAGACUCUAAUGCCUCACGUCGUUCGCUACCUUCUGGAUAAGUAUGGCUUCAACGGUGCAUGUCUACUUCUCUCCGCGAUGAGUUUACACGGGAUUUGCGGUACACUCCUAAUUCAACCGGUCGAAUGGCACAUGAAAGAAGUUGAAGAAGAAGUAAUUGUUGAUGAAAAAGUUCAGUUAUUGGAAUAUAAUAAAAAGACGGAUGACGUAACGUACAAAAGCACGCGCCGAGUCACAAAUCCAUCGCUUUUGAAUGAAGACAAAGGCGCAUUAGGGCAGAUGAAUGGGUCCAAGAAGAAAAUAGAAGAAAAAGAGAAAAGUGUACUAAGGAAAAUUUAUGAAUUAUUUGAUAUGUCACUGCUAUCGAGUCCUCGCUUCCUAAACAUUAUUAUUGGAACCGCCUUGACGGCUAUUUCCAUACAAAACUUUAGUAUGCUGUAUCCAUUGUUUUUACAAAAAGUAGCAGGCAUGGAUAAACAAGAAACUGCCAAUUGCAUGUCGGCUGUAGCUUUAGCUGAUAUCGUCGGAAGGCUUUGUAUCCCGCAGCUGCAGGCGAAAUUCAAUGUUUCAGCCAGGAUGACGCUGAUUCUAACCAGCAUCUGGUUAUUCGUCGUGAGACAGAUUCUGGCGUACCAGACCGACAUGUACGUUUUACUCGCACUCUCAGCACUGUACGGUAUAGGAAGGAGUAUGGUAAUCGUGGCUAGAAAUAUAACAAUCUCGGAGCAGUGCAGAACGGAGCAGGUCGCCUCCGCGGUGGGUCUCGGAAUGUUGAGUAUGGGCGUACUGACCCCACCGAUCGGGUAUUUCUUGGGCUGGAUCAGAGACUACACGGGCAACUACGUCGCUUGCAUAAGUGCGCAGAAUGCCAUUCUCGUCGUAUUCCUGAUCAUGUGGAUACCGGACAUGUUGCACGACUACUACCACAAGAAGAGAGAGAAAAGCAAAGCCGAAGACGAAGCGCAGGCGGCGUAG